AUGGUCAGCUCCUGUUGUGGCUCUGUCUGCUCUGACCAGGGCUGUGAUCAAGGCCUCUCCCAGGAGACCUGUUGCCAACCCAGCUGCUGUCAGACCACCUGCUGCAGAACCACCUGCUGCCAACCCAGCUGCUGUCAGACCACCUGCUGCAGGCCAACUUGCUGCAUCUCCAGCUGCUGCCGACCUUCCUGCUGCGGUUCUAGCAGCUGUGGCUCCAGCUGCUGCAGGCCAACCUGCUGCAUCUCCAGCUGCUGCCGCCCAGUCUGCUGCCAGACCACCUGCUGCCGCCCCACCUGUGUGUCCAGCUGCUGUAGGCCCCAGUGCAGCCAGUCUGUGUGCUGCCAGCCCACCUGCUGCAAGCCCAGCUGCUGUGUAUCCAGCUGCUGCCGUUCGUCUGGGUGA